AUGGCCAGCGAGCAGAAAGUCAGUUUUAGGAGCAGACAUUAUCUGGACAAAUUUGAUCUGGUGGUACCUGGCCUGUCUGAUGGAUCUGUUCCCCAGUGUUGUCGUAUGAUAUGGCAAGCGCUUGCCAUAUCUAGAUUUGGGACUUUUGGUGAUGGAGGAGGCGCCGGUUUGAGUUGUUUUGUGCAUGCACGUUCCGAUUUGAAGGGUGCAUGUCAACAAAAAGUAGACUAUGAACUGUCUCUACUGAUCGGGCGCUACAUUGCUAUGGGAGAUUUCGGUGGAGGUAUUUGUUCAGGGGUUAACUAUCUGGCAAUUAGAAAAGGAUACAUGCUAGCAUGGUAUCGGGACCCACAACCUGUCCAGCAGGAUGAACCGGAUCAUGAUCCUGGUAUAGAGGAGAACCAUUUCGCAGAUUACGACACCUCUGGAGACAUUCCCGGCACAGCGAUAUAUGGUCCGCCCUCCCAUCUCACUUUCCCAACAUGUGAUUACACAACGAUCUCCGUCCCCAGAUCUACCGCUACCACACCUAAUGACAACGGUGUUCUCGCAUCCCUAGUGGAUGAGCGUGUCCUUACGGAGGAUUUUUUACGCACUGGUCACUCCCUCAUGUUUGCCUUGUGGAUGCAAACAGCCGGUCUAGAUGACGAAGACAUCGAGCUCAGCAUAGAAGCAGUCACACAACCCAGAUUCCCACUGCAGUUCACACCUUCGCUUGAGGGUAUCCACAUUCCCCGCUGUCAAAUUCUACCUUUUACGUCCGGCAUACAGUCACACAUAUCUUUCAAACUAGUGAGUCUUGGCUUGCACCGCGAGUCCUUAUACUGA